CGAUGACACUUGCAUUUUGUCAUAAAAACGUCACAUUUAAAAAGAUAAAAUAAAGAUGAUUUUUAUGGAACUGGUUAGAAACAAGUUUGGAAGUAAAUCCUAUUUAAAAAUAUUUCGUAGUUAUUCCAAAAAGCCUGCUUGUAAGUCCAAAUUUCCAAUAAUAAAUCACCAUUAUGACGCCGUAGUAGUUGGAGCAGGUGGAGCAGGCCUAAGAGCUGCAUCAGCGUUAGUCCAACAUGGCUUCAAAACAGCUUGUAUUACGAAAAUGUUUCCGACACGGUCACAUACUAUUGCAGCUCAAGGAGGUGUCAACGCAGCUUUAAGUCACUUCGAAGACGAUUGUUGGAAGUGGCACUUUUAUGACACCGUAAAAGGUUCCGAUUGGCUCGGAGAUCAAAGUGCUAUCCACUAUAUGACGAAAGAUGCCCCUAGAGCUGUUCUAGAGUUAGAAAACAUCGGCAUGCCUUUCUCAAGAAACAAAGACGGUCGGAUUUACCAAAGGGCAUUUGGAGGACAGACUUUAAAGUAUGGAGAAGGAGGUCAGGCUCAUAGGACUUGUGCUGCUGCGGACGCUACUGGACACUACAUGUUACACGCUCUUUAUGGGGAAGCAGUAAGGCACCAUGUUAAAUUUUUUAUAGAAUAUUAUGUACUGGAUCUUUUAGUGAAAGAUGAUAAAUGUUUAGGAGUAUUAGCAUGGAAUUUAGAGGACGGAACUUUACACAGAUUUUUUUCAAAUAACACAGUACUGGCCACUGGCGGUUUUGAGCGGGCAUAUUUUUCUUGUACCGCCGCUCACACCGUAACCGGCGACGGGACAGCAAUGGUAACUAGGGCAGGCUUUCCGCUACAAGAUUGUGAAUUUAUGCAGUUCCAUCCAACAGGUAUCUAUGGCUGUGGUGUUUUGGUAACAGAAGGAGCUAGAGGAGAAGGUGGAUUUUUGCUAAAUAACAAAGGCGAACGUUUUAUGGAAAAAUACGCGCCAAAAGCCAAAGACUUAGCCUCAAGAGAUGUCGUGUCGCGGUCCAUGUCAAUGGAAAUCAUGCAAGGUAGGGGAUGCGGUCCCGACGGAGAGUACAUUCACCUUCAAUUAAGUCAUCUACCAAAAGAGAAAAUUUUACUACAGUUACCAGGAAUAAAGCAGACUGCGAUGGAUUUCGCUGGUGUUGAUAUAUUAAGGGAGCCUAUACCUAUUGUGCCUACAGUACAUUACGCUAUGGGAGGUAUUCCGACCAAUUACAAAGGACAGGCACUGACUCAAGUGGCUCCCAGUGAGGACAAACUCAUUGAAGGCUUGUACGCUUGCGGAGAAUGCGCUUGUGUAUCUGUACAUGGAGCCAACAGACUAGGAGCUAACUCUCUUCUGGAAACUGUCGUAUUUGGAAAAGCCGUUGCUGAUGCAAUUUCUGAAACACAUUGUCCUGGCGAUGUAAUCAAUAUUGACGAGGUAAACUAUCAAUGA